AUGAACAUUCCCAACUCGUCGACCGCACCCGCGGCGGGAGAGUAUGCCGGAGAUGAGGUCUCGGCGAUUGUGCUCGACCCCGGCUACUCGACUGUACGCGCAGGCUUCGCUGGCGAGGAUGUCCCCAAAUCCGUGUGCCCUUCGUUUUACGGCCACACGUCGUCGGGCGAGCGCCUUUUUGGCGAGAACGCGAUACACGCUCCAGUUGGCGGCCUGGAUAUCAAGAACUACUGGGGGUCGGAUGGCAUUGUAGAGGACUGGGACACUGCGACCAAGCUGUGGGAGUAUGCAAUCACAAGUCGGCUCACGGGCGCAAAACCGACCGACCCCAAGAAGAAUGGGCUGAACGAUGGCAACGACGAGAACGGGAACGGGGAGGCCAUGGACGUUGACAUGGAAGCGCUGGAGAACAACGAGAAGCCUCUGGAAGACAGUCCACUUCUGGUCACAGAGCCCGGCUGGAACAGCGCAAAAGCACGGGAAAAGUACAUUGAGGUCGCAAUGGAGGAAUGGGGAACACCCGCCUUCUUCCUGCAAAAGACGGGCGUGCUGGCUGCCUUUGCAUCCGGCAAGGCGUCUGGAAUCAUCAUUGAUGUCGGGGCUUCACACACGUCGGUGACGCCUGUCCUCGACGGCAUGGUAUUGCGAAAGGGCGUCCAAAAGUCGCCUCUUGCUGGAAACUUUGUCUCGGACCAAAUCCGACUGUCGUUCAAGCAAGCGCAACCUGAGGUCCCACUGGUGCCUCACUUUAUGGUUAAGAGCAAGACGCCAGUCGACGCAGGCGCGCCCGCCCAAGCCACGUACAAGACGUUUUCCACACCGCCCACAGACUCGUUCCGGCUGAACGAGGAGGAGCGCAUUCUCACGUCGUUCAAGGAAUCCGUCGUGGAAGUAUGGCCAGGCCCAGGCCGCUUCAGCACAAACGAAGAAAUGGCAAAGAGCAUGCCAGGCCGUCCGUUUGAGAUGCCAGACGGCUGGAACCAGGUCUUUGGCGUCGAGAGGUUCCGUGCCGCCGAGGGGCUAUUUGACGCUUCAGCAGCAUUGACAUCGGAGACGAGCCCAGCACCGAAGCCCGAGCAGACGAUCCCCAGACUGGUCCAAGCCGCAGUCCAGCAAGUCGACGCUGACCAGCGUCCUCUGCUGCUCUCCAACAUUGUCGUGACGGGCGGCAGCACCCUCCUGUACAAGUUCAACGAGCGCCUCAACUACGAAAUCAACUCCAUCUACCCUUCUACACGCAACAAGCUCAUCGCGCCGGGCAGUGUCGUAGAGCGCAAGUACGCAGCCUGGAUCGGCGGCAGUAUAUUGGCGAGUCUGGGCAGCUUCCACCAGCUGUGGAUCUCAAGGAAGGAGUACGAGGAGCAUGGCGCGGGCAUUGUGGAAAAGCGGUGUAGAUAGGGAACGCACCAACAGUAUUGGAUGUCGCCUUACAACAAAGAUUGGGGCAAGGUGGAUUGAAAUGACAAAAGGGAGAAGAGCAUGUCCCCACCUACCGAUGAUGGGAAGACGGAACGUAUUCAUCGCUGUACUCCUUAGUGAGGGACAGGAGGCUUUGGUGUAAUGUUACCUGUAAAAGGCAUAUCUUUUUCUCUUGGGGCGUGUAUAUUAUCUGGCGAGUGAGUACGUGAAUGUCU